UAUCUUAGCUACGUGGGCAGAUUAAUGCACAGACUGUUUGAUUAUGAAUGAGAUCACGUGGUUCCCGCAAGGUUAUUACGUCGCCAUUUUGGUCGAUGUAAGGGAAUCGUAGUGAUCAAACUACUAUGGAAAUACAUUCAAAAUCUGGAGAUAUUCGGACCUGUUUUCCUUACACAAUCCGUCUUGAUUAAUGCACUAGCCGAAAGACUUCAGUGUUAAAAGAUUUUAAACGGUAAAGCUACUUAUGUGAUGUGAAAAACCCAAUAUACUGUGAUAAAAUGGAACAAGAGGAGGAUUAUUUUGGUGAAAACAACAAUGAAGAAAACGAGAAAAAUGACAAUGAUGAAAUGUAUGGGGAUUUACAAGAUGAGCCAAAGGAUCUAAAAUCUCAUUCACCGAAGAAGAGAUGGAAAGAAAGACAUUCUGGCAAUAGCAAAGAUUCACAACAUCGAUCCCCACGUAGAAACUCUGGUGAUAAACCUAGCCGUGCUCAUGACGAUGAUGGUUAUGGCUCUAAAGACUAUAGUCGUAGAUCAAGUGGAGAUUCAAAUGAUCAUCAUCAUCGCAGAAAAUCAGAUGAAUUAUCAGACGAUGAAUCACAUAAAAAAUCUAGUAGAAAACAUGAUGAGGAAGAUAGAUACUUAAAAUCUAAACAAAGAAAACUUAAAGAAAAACUCAGGAAAAUUGAAGCUGAAGAUGGAGAAAUUUUAGAAGAUGGUGAAAUUGAGGAAGCAGAAGAAACCAGCUCCAAAAAACAGGAGACCUCAGAUUCUAAAAAACUAGAAAGAGAAAUUAGUGAGAAAACUGAUGCUAGUUUAGAAAAUGAAGAUAGUGGAGGAGAAAUAGAAGAUGAAGAAGAGGUUGAUAAUUCUGAGGAUAGAAAGAGGGAUAAACAUCAUGACAAGAGAAGGAAACAUAGAGAUCAUAGGGAUAAUAAAGAUAAAAGGAGGAAAUCCAGGGACGAUCAUCAUAAGAAGAAAAAAAGAAGACCUGAUUAUGUUGACCAUGACAAAGUUAAUGAUGAAGAAAUGCAGCAGGCCUGGCCAGGAGGAAGUAAAAAACAGUCCCCUAAAGGUGCUCAGAGACAAGACAGUAAACAUGCAAGCAGUCAUGGUAAUCAUGGGAAGAGGGACAGAGACAGGGAUAGAAGAAGAAAUAGAUAUCAUAGUCCUCCAGGUCCAUACGACAGUCCUUAUGACAGUCCUCCAGGACCUUAUGAUAGUCCCUCAUAUGAUGAGGAUUCUCAAGAAGAGUACCAAGAUGAAGGAUAUGAUGAUUAUAAAGAUAAGAGGAAACAAAAGAAGAAGAAGAGCAUGAUGAGUCUUAUGCAGGGAGAUGAAUAUUUGGAUCCCAGUGUGGCUAUUGAAGAAGGGGAGAACUUGUAUAAAAAAAAUAGAGAAGGAGGAAACAAGAAACAAAAACAAAAAAAUUACCAGAACAACAAAAGAAAAUUUGAUCGUCAACAUUCAGAACAACAACCACCAAAGAAAAAGCCAUUGUUAGAUACACCAAUGGAUGAGAGACCUGUCUGUAGGUUUUACAAGGAGGGAAAAUGUCAUAAGGGAGCAGAUUGUCCAUUUAAUCAUGAAUUUAGUGAAAAGAAGCCAGAAUUAUGUAAAUACUACUUAGGAGGAUCUUGUUCUAAGGGAGAUAACUGCAUCUUUAUGCACAGUGAAUAUCCAUGUAAAUUUUACCACACUGGACAGGAGUGUUACCAAGGUGAUAACUGUAAAUUUUCCCAUGAUGAACCAAGUGAUGAAACAGCUCCAAUUGUGGAAAGGAUGAACUCUAGAGGUGAUCACCAUGGCGAGGAGGAGGAAUAUGGUCGACAACAGAAACAAGGAGUGCUAGGUAAAAACUUGAUGUUUGAAAAGGAUAGAUCCCCACCUAGACAUUUAAAGGAACAGAUGGAAAGAAUAAAGAAAAUUCCAUCUUUAUUUGACAUUCAAACAUUUCCUCCAGGGCAAAGUCCUCAGAAACCAGGACCACAAGGAGGUCCUAUGAAUAACUCUCCACAACAGAGGAUGCAAGGUCCAAAUCAGGGACAGGCCCCACGACCAGUUGGAUUUUAUAAUGACACCAUGCAAGGGGGAAUGAGGGGACCACCACCAGGUGGACCAAUGGGUCCACAGAUGAACAUGCCACCUGGACAGAUGGGACCUCAGGGUCCAGGUCAGAUGGGGCCCCCUGGACCAAUGGGAGGACCACAGGGCCCUAUGAAUAUGCCACCAAAUUCUAUGGGGCAUGGACCAAUGCAGAUGGGAGGUCCACCUAACUCCAUGGGACAUAUGAUGGCACCAGGGAUGCAGCAAGGUCCAAUGCAAGGGCAGAUGGGAGGACCAAUGCAACAAGGACAGAUGGGAGGACCAAUGCAACAAGGACAGAUGGGAGGACCAAUGCAACAAGGACAGAUGGGAGGACCAAUGCAACAAGGACAAAUGGGUGGUCCAAUGCAACAAGGACAAAUGGGAGGUCCUCCAAUGCCAAUGGGACAACAAGGACCACGAAUGAUGAAUCAACCAAUGGGUCCUCCAGGGCCUAUGGGUGGACCAAAUGGAAUGAACAAUCCCAAUCUAAAUCCAGCUUUAGCGAUAGUUGGUGCUCUACUUCGUCAUGUAAAUCCAAAUAUAUCACCACAAGUCAGUCAGGCAAUGUCAGUCCCAAAUAUGCAGAAUCCUCGUCAGGCAAUGGGCAUACUCAGUCCAAACCAUCCUGGAAUUGACAGUCACGACCCUAGACAAAACUUUAAAAAUCCCAUGAUGAAUACAGAUUCAAGUCAGGAGGAAGCCUACAGUCCAGGAGAUGAUGAGGAUGAUGAGAUGCCUUAUAUAAAAACUGAAGAGGAUGGCACUAAAGCAGGAAAGAUAAAGAAUGAAGAAACAGAUGAAAAUGAGAAGAAGUUGGCCCAGAUGGGAUUAGAUCUUGGAUCACUGAGUCAACUACCUGCCAAACAAAGGGAGUUAAUGAUGAGACUACAACAACAUGGGGGCCAAUCAGAGGGAGAAGAGGAUAAAACAAUCAUUAAAAGGGAACGCAAAGAUAGCUGUAGCUCUGCUGAGGAAAACAAAUCAAAACCUGUUAAAGUUGAGGAUGAUAAUUGGUAUUCGAGUGAUGAAGAUGAUGGAGGUGCUCCAAAACUUACAGAUGUUCUUAAAAAUCUGGGCAAGAAGGAGACUUCAGAUCCUUCACAAGGUUCCUCUAUUAAUGUGAUGCAGAUGAUCAAUGCUAUAAAGAGUCAGUCUGGCCCAGCUACAAAUCCUCCUGUACGAGACCCAAGACAACGCAAUAUGGACCCUCGUGCUAUGCCCCAUGGCAAUGAUCCUGCAGGUCACAUGGGUUUUCCCCAUCCUGCAGAUCCUAGAACAUUUACUAGUGGAUUAACUGUGCCACCGGUCAAUAAAUGGAAUAGUGAACCAGCAAUAAUAAAUUCACGACCAGGUGAUGCAGAAUGGAGGUGUAUUAUAGUAACUGUAGAUCCUUCACGAAGGUUAGAACCACCGCAAGGGAUUAAUUUGUUAGAUCCACAGUUCAAAAAUGAUCCAAGGAUGAAAAAAUUCUUAGAUCAUUUAAAUAUGAAAAGUCAUAAGGAAAAUAAAAAUCCACAUGAACUUAGUCAGGCAGCUGACAUUAAACCUGCAGAUCCUAGAUCUAAACCUAGUGCUCUAUUGCAGGAUCCAAGAAUGAAAAAGCAAGGUGAACCUAGUGCUAAACCUAUAGAUCCUCGCUUACAAAGGACAAUAUCGGAAAAUGCCUCAAGUCGAGCAAAUGAUCCACGAAUGCGUGGAAUGUCAAAUCCACCAAGUGGUGUUCAUAAUCUCCCUGUUCGUCCAAUAGACCCAAGGUCUAGUGUUGCUACGUCAAGACCAAACGAUCCAAGAUUCUCACGUCAAAUGAGCCAUGAUAGCAGUUCAGGAGGAAUGGUUAUCAAUGUACCGAAGCCUAGCGACCCAAGAUUAUUACCGAUAAGUCUUGGUGAAAUCGCUAGUCCUUCACCUUCUGAUAUAUUAGCUAGUUUACAAUAUCCCACUGAUUCUGAUUCUGAACAAAAACCAGAUCCUUUAGGAAUUAAGAGACAAAACUCAGUUCGAGAUCCUAGAGCAAAGUCAGAAACCCCUGUGGUAGAACAAAAUACUGACUCACCUAAUAACUUAGGUCGACAGAUAAGUGGUGGAGGAUCUGAUUCUGAUAGCACAUCACAAAGUGGUGACGCAGCAAAAACUAAAAUAGACUAUAGGAAUGAUCCAAGAUUUAAAGUGAAAAUCAAACCAGCAAGUGUGGCAAGUGAGACUGGACAGAGACGUUAUGGGGGACAACGGAAAGGUAGCAUGGAAUAUAGUUCUCCACUUGAUGCUGAAAGUGAACAAAGAGAUAACUCUGGAUAUAACAGUUACAAUCGACCACCAGUUAAUAAUCCUAAACCAGCUGUUAAACAAGACCCAAGGACUCAGAAGAUUGAACCUCGUGUUAAAACGGAGCCUGAAAAUCUGUCAAUAGCAGAGUUACCAGACUUUAUUCCACCUCCAGUGGAAGAAAACAUUAGUACAAAACUUUACUUUAAACAAAUGGAUCCUACAGCAUCACCAUUCUGUUAGCUUUUGAUCUCCAUUGACAAGUUAGAUAUAUUGUAUCAGUAUUUUACUUUGUGUUCAUGUGUACAAAGUGAAAUUAGAGAACUAAUUCACAUUUAAUGGGGCUAUUACUUUUCAGUACAUGAUGCAUAUUAUGGUUACUGUUAAAUAAAAUGUAACCAAUAUUUUUACUGAAAAUUAUAGAUUUAUAAAUAUAAAUUGUCCUUUCCAAUUAUACUGGACCAACUAACAAAUAUAUGCCAUGCCAUGAUAAGCUUCUGAAAUACAUAUUAACAUAAAUGGACCAAUAAGUCAAAUAUAGACUGAUUAUUGUACAGUGUACCUAAUCUGUCAAAUGGAGAUAGUAUUACACAAUUUGUUAUGUAAAUUUGUUGUCCUGUCCUAAAGUUAUGUGUGUGUGUGUGUGUGUUCAUAAGUGUUUUAGUAUACACGAAGGAUAUUCAAAGAUUUGUGUAUACAUGUGUAUAUUUGUGAAUAUUAAAUGCUUGCUAAAAUAGAAGUGUAUCAAUCUGAUGAGAAAGUAAUGAGUUGCAGCUCAUGGAUUUUACUUUUCCCAUAUGUCCUGAGUGGGUUUGUGCAUUUGAUAGGCGAAACUUCCAGUUUGUCUGACUUCCUAGCUUUAAGAGUAAACUUUAGACUGGCAUGUUCAGUUCAUCAACAAGGGCUGUUUUGUGUUCAAUUUUUUACAAAAUUACUUGCAUUAUGACUCAUAAUAUUUGAGCCAAACUAUAUUUUUGGAAUACUGAAAUAGAAGUUGUACACAAUUUGACAUAAUGACAUGGGUUUGAUAAAUGUUGUCUCUAUGACACAUUCCCAAUUUCCAUUCUCAAUAUUAUAAUAACUGAAUGUCUUCCAAGAAGAGUACACAUUUCUUCCCUGGUACUGAGCCAAUGAUAUUUAUUAUAGAAAUUUUGAGGGGGGGGUACUCACUUUGGAUAGAUGGUGAAAACAAUCCAUGAGGUGUAUUUUGUAUAUUGCAAUUCAGAAACUAACUUGUUACAAAAUAAUGUUACAUUUUGCAUUUAUCAUGUAUAAAUUAUGAAAGAUAUUUUUAAUUAUCAUGACUGUUACAACUAUUCACAAUUCAAUAAUCUAUCUGUAAUACCUAUUUAAAAUGUUUGAUUUCAGUGUGAUGUAUUUAAGACUUGAAAACUGUUAUGAUUUAACAGGUGAUAGUAAAAAAAUGUAUGUGUUGUCCAAUGAAAAUAAAAAAAAUACAUAUUUAGUUUGAACUUUAUAUGUUUUAACAUUUUAACAUUUUUUAAAGAAUAAUAUGAUAUACAUUCAGAUUAUGUAUUACAAAAGAUUAAAUUUAUAUAUGUGAACCUUCAUUGUUAUGAAAUUUCCAAACUUAUCAAGCAAUAGUACAGGAAGUUUCUAUCUUUUAUUAUUCAGUUAGGGUCUGACUCUGACUUACUAAAUUAAUUUUUUCCAAGACAGAUUUUUUCACCAGUAUAAAAUAGAGUUAAGGCAAUGAGGAGAAAGGGCAGUUUCAUUGAAUUCUGUAAGAUUACCAGGCAAAGCACUUUAAAGUCGCUGCUAUCAGAGGUUGUAUCAACACUAUUAAUAUAUUGCAAUAAGUAUUGUCCUAAGAUAAGUGUUUGUUACAAUGAAACAGCUCUGAUGUGAUUGCUAAACAAAAGAAGGGAUUUUAUUUGAUGACUUUUUAAAUUAAACAACAAAAGUUCCUUCUCUUUGAUAUAUAUUUCCUUUGCUUUAUUUCUUCUGAUCUUGACCUCUUGAUCUUUUAUUCUCUGAACCGUUAUACCACCAUCACUGUGUUAGAACUUACUCUAAAUGAUAUACAAUGUACAUGUUCUUCCAAAUUGAGAAAAUACAUUGAAAGAUCUUGUGAAAGAAUUAUUAUUAUCUAUCCAGUUUGAUAAAACAUUAGAAAUAUGUUUGAACGAACAGAGAUGUCUUGAGAUGUCUACAAUUUUAUGUAUUUAUAUUUAUCUUACAUGUGUCUUUCUAUCAAAUUAAAUUUGUACUUCAAGUUUUUGGAAAAAAACGUAGAUGUUAAAUAGGAGUAAGUUAAAGCAGUUGAUAUAUAGCGUUGUGAUUGAGAGUGUUCCUCAAACCCAUGCCUCACUUUUCAAUCAUUUUAAAAUCUUCUUUCUCUUAGUUUUGAAUUAUAAUUCUAUGUAUUUUAUACCACCGAUUUUUAAUGUGUGAUACUUUACUCAGAAGGUUAUUGAUUUUCUAUGCUUUACUCCAUAUUUUUAUCUUGUUGAAUCUCUUUGUAAAUAUAUAAUCACCAUGGUAAUGUCACCAUGGAUAUGUCACUAAUGAUUCUAAGUCAAAUAUAUUUAUACUACUCACAGAAGAAGAAAUUGUUGUUAUAUUAUCUUAUUUAAAUCAUUUAAUGGAUUUGAAAUUUUUGACAAAAAUUGCAAAAGCUUGAUAAUUGUUCAAAAAGAAAAAUAUAUACUUUCAGUGGUUUUAAUUAUAUUUAGAAUCAGAAUGAAAACUUGCAGUCUGCACCAUUAACCACUAGUCCGUUGUUCAAGAAAAGUAAAAUUUUAUUUGAACUGGUAAGUUUUGCAAAAAUUUGUUUAGACCAGUAAGAAAAAUAAUGAAAUAUAGAUUUUUUGACUAUUAGUUUAAAAAGUUUUUGAUGCAGAACAGAAAAGAUGCAAAAAAUCAAAGUUUUUAAAUGCUGAUCAGCACAAUUGAGUUGAAUUAAAUCCAUAAACAGUCAUGGUAGUUGAUGGAAGAAUCUGUUGUUGUCUCCCUUUGUUUUGAUUGUACAUUAGCAGACAUUUGUAUAAAAUAGACUUGUUACUUAGUAACCCUAAAAAUAAAAUACCAAAUACCA